CGCUGUGUGGACGGACGUGUACUGCGCGAACAACGCGCCGUACGAGCGCAGCCUUCGCGUGUAAUAAUAUUUUGAAUUUGGAAUCGUGUGUGUUCUUAAUAUGAAAAAUCGUUGACAGUGACAGGAGUGUUGCAGUGAAUGGAAUUUUGUUUGACUUAGUUCUAUGGAUGUACGUUUUUAAUUAUUUUUAUUUUUUUUAAUUCUGUGGUGCAUAUAGACGGAUCUGUGAACUUUUGGAUUGCGAUUUGGACUCGAUGUGCAGUGUCAGGACAGUCCUCACCUAAUGUGUUCAAAUACAACUCAGCCUUCCAGUAUAUAGCAAUAUUCUACAAAUUAUCCUAUCGGUAUGGCGCGAUAUAAGUGCACCAGCUGAUUGUAUGCCAGCGUACGAGCUGUCAGAGAGCUAGUGGCAGCAUCGCCGUGUGCUCAGUGGGUGUGCGUCACGCUGCAUCUAUGCUGUAUCGACGCAGGUUCAACAUACACUGGGACGUCGCCAGGUUGCUGUUGAAGAGAAGCGGUCAACGAGGCGUGAGGUAACCCGGCCCAGGCGCGGAGCAAACUCAAUGACCAACGCCAAACCAACCGCAAUGUGUUCCGCCGCAAACGAGUACCUAAACAUCGCAUAAAACAUACAUCGAAUAAUGUACGAUCCGUCCAAAACGCUGCCAAACAUAUUGUACGAAUUUAUUAGUGUAAAAACAGUUUUAGACUAUUUAUACCGUGAGUCGCGUGUGCGCGUGUGAUAGCGCCAUCUGGCGUGGAGUGGCGACAACGUGGCGGGGACGCACGCGCCGUCGGGUCCGGCGCUGGCGAUGCCCUUUAUUGAAGACGAAUGGUGGUCUGCGGAGAAUGAGGGCAGAAUGGUCGACCUCUCCAAUUGCCUUCAGUUACAGGACGCGGUAGUGGCUGCUGGCGGACAGGCCGCCGCCCAACUGCAACAGAUGGCGUCAUCCCUGGGAGAACUGUCCCAGGCCGAGCUAUCCAAUAUUGUCGGUGGACUGACCCUGGAGCCUGAUGGCUCGGAAGCCGCCGACCCUGAUGACAUCCUCAAGCAGCUGGGGGAGACCGCUUUCGACAAUUUCGAUACCUUCUUCACGGAUCUCACCAACGCUACAGCAUCGGCAGUACCACCCAUCGAAAUAAAGCAAGAAGAGAACAAUAACAUAUCAUCGCCAUCGUCCGCAAGUCAAUUACAAGGAUAUUACCAGCCUUCAAGUCAGCUGUCAUUACAGAAUGGUGGCCAGCAGAGGCUACAGCAACUCCUCAGGUCGGGGACGAAUGCAAUCAGUAACGCUGUGACGAGUAAUAUUAACAAUGGAAGAUACAAUAUUGCCUCAGCUAAUCCGCUAUUGGCGGAGAAAUUAGCAGCGACAUCUAGCGGCAUAAAGCAGGAACCAAUGAGUUCGGAUUACAGUGGAACGACUAUGAACUAUGGAAGCGCUUCGCCGAUGCAACGGGUGCCGAGUGGGAAGCCGCAGGUGCAUGAUGCUGGUGGAGGUAAAGUGGACGGCGGUGAGCCCGCUGGACUACGGCUAGGUGCUCGCGGCUCGCUCGGCCAGGCGCUGCUGCAUGGGCUGCUGGCGCCGGCGCCUGCAGCUCGUCACCAUCUCUACACCGCACCCAACACAGGUUCCCUCCCCCCCUCGCCGGCUGACAGCGGCGUGUCCGAUGUUGAGUCGUCGUCAUCAGGCGCGGGGUCGGCCGAGGAGCUGAAGGCGAGGUUGCAGCCCCCGCCGCCCGCGCCCUUCCACACCCCUUUCCUGCCCUUCUACCAGCACCACCAGAUAGCCAGCACGCUGCAGCACCACGCCGCCGCGCACCCCAGGCCACCUGUUGGUGCAAUGAGCGAGCGCGACGCGUACGGCUACGGGUACGGCGGCGGGGGCGGCGGCGCGCACCACUUCGCAGCCCCCGCGCCCCCGCCCCUACCCCACGACGACCUCCCCUACUCCGUGUUCGACUUCGGCGAGUACCAGCGACACCACCAUCACAACAAGCUGAAGCCCAAGAAGAGGCCGCGGAGCGACGCCCCGCCCACGCCCGGCGUCAAGCGCAAGAGUCGCGAGGGCUCCACCACUUACCUCUGGGAGUUCCUACUCAAACUCCUCCAGGACCGGGAGUACUGCCCUCGGUACAUCAAGUGGACGAACCGCGAGAAGGGCGUGUUCAAGCUGGUCGACUCGAAGGCGGUGUCGAGGCUUUGGGGAUUGCACAAGAACAAGCCGGAUAUGAACUACGAGACCAUGGGGCGCGCGCUGCGCUACUACUACCAGCGCGGCAUCCUGGCCAAGGUGGACGGGCAGCGGCUCGUGUAUCAAUUCGUGGACGUGCCCAAGGACAUCGUUGAAAUCGACUGCUCGCUCGCGUAGGCGUGAGCCGCCCGCGUGCGCGCUGAGCGAGCGUGUCAGUGAGCGAGCGAGCGGUGGGCGGUGAGCGGUCCGGAGUGAGCGAAGCGCAGUGAGCGGUACGCAGUGAGCGGUGCGCAGUGAGCGGUGAGCGGUGAGCCGAGCUCGCCAGAACGUUAUCGGUUCGAAUCUCCAGUGAUGGACUGUGUGACAGAACAAUACGGCAUACGUAACUACUUAUAGUGAGGCGUAUCCAAAACAAAUUAUUUUUCACUACUUACUUAGAAAAUUCAUCUAUUUUUCAGAUCAUCAUGCAUUACGCUCUCCGAUCGCUUUACGAUAAAGUUGUUAAGAUAAAUAUUAUAUUCUCAAAUCGAACUAAUUUUAACUUAUCAUUGAAUUUAAUAUUUAUACAAAAAUAGGAGAGAUGAAAUAUAUUGCUCAAAUGUUUAUAUAGGUAUACCUAUUUUUAAGGGUAUUUCAGAGAGGAACACUAAAUUUGCUAGCUGUUUGUUAUACCAAUGGUACGGAGUGAUUUUUGUAUAAUGUUCAAACGAAUUUUUAAAUGUUUGUAUCGAAGUUUCUAUAUAUUGCAUGUUUACGUGAUACCACGAAAUCUGAACUUCCUACCUCAAUACUUUGCAAAAGUAUCGAUUCAUAUUAAUAUACACUUUACGAUGUUUGAAAUUACAGUUUUACAAUACGCGAUUAGUGUGGACUUUUAUCUAGUGUAAUGAGAGUUUAUAUUAAAGAAAUAUUUACGUAAAAUGUUUAUAAAUAGACGAAACUACGGUGGCACAUCCUCAAAAUAAGAUAUUUGGUGCUUACAAAGGCCAUUUGCAUAUUUACACCUUGUUACAAAGGACCUCACUACUGUUGAAUAUAUACUUGUAUAUUAUAUGGACAUAUUAUAUAUAUUGUUUACGUGUAGCGCAUUGUACAAGUUAUGUUUGGUCGACACUUGUGAAUCUAAAGCCGAGUCCACAGCGACCAAAUGCAACGAAACUUACAAACAAAUUGCUAAUCAGUUUUGUGACAUUUGGUUGCUACUGAGUUUAGGGUCUGGGAGCGCUCGCGGCUAGUCUCUCUCCAACCGCCAACUGCCAAUCUCCAACCGGCCGGCAGACAGGCCGAUCGGAUCGGCGGUCAAGCGCGAUCGCCCCCACUCCCGCGUACAAUGUCCCCCCCAAAAACGAAUUUGGAAUGAUAUUAUAUUUGGUUCGUUUGUUUUGUGGAAUUAAUAGUCUACAUUAGUACUGAAUCCUACUGCCAACUUCUGUUAGAAAUCUGAUAUAUAAAUAUAGUUAAGGGAUGAUUUGUGCGUUUAUUGUGUUAAUUAUUAUGAAUAGAUGUUUACUAUAAGUGAGCUAUUUAAGUGAACAUGUUCUAGAUUAUUUUGAUUAUUUAAAUUUAUAGUAAGUCUGUUGGACGGAGAUCUCGCGGGGGCGCACCAACCCGUCUCUAAAUUGUUUUUACAUAUCAAAUGCAAUAUUUAAUCGUUUAUAUUUACAAAAUGCCGGUACCCAUUUAUGCAUAUCAGCUGUUUUAUCACAAAGAGAUUAUUGCCUUUGUUUUCGACACGAACGCCACGCGAGAUCUCUAUUUUUUGUUACCUGAAUAAAUAUUAUUAAUAAUUAAUUAGGAUUUGUGGUCCAAUGUUAAUGAAUCAUAAUACUUUAACUAGAUAGAUGAUAAUGAAAGGUCGAUUAGGGUGUAGAUCGCGACAGACGCGACAGCGGACAUGUUUCAUUGUUACAUACAGAAGAGCAAUCAUUUAUAUAUUUAUAUACUAGAAGAACACGGUAUUGUAUUGUGAAAUAGGGAAUCCGCAGAAACAUGCGCGUGCGCCGAUGUUGUAGUACCAACGAUGAUUUGGAAUUUAGAAGCGCGCUACGAAGUCAAUUUCAGUUUAAUUUAGUGGUUCAGUCCAGUGGCGAGUAGUUUAGCAGCUAAACAUGUGUGAACAAUACUCGACAUUUCACUUAAUUACUAAUUUUCAGGCUUACUUUUGCUAUUUACGAUUACGAUAAAAUCGAAAACAUCAAUUUAGUCUAUGGUAUUUGCCUUCCUAUGGCAGCCUUUAUAUAUAACUAUUUUUGUAUUAAUUUGAGUUUGAAAGUAAUAUAAAGUAUUGUUGUUGAUAUAUUCCAUACGAUUUCGGUUUUAUAUCUAUUCGACCGCAACAGAAGCAAGCCUGCUGAACGAGACUUCAAUUAGAGCGACAGCAGCCCGCUCUUCCCACAAAACUAACUAUAUAUGCAAUAUUUUUAUAUUCAAAUUGAAAUAUAUCAAGUUGUAGUGAAUAGGUUUUGAUAAUGUAAUAGGUCGGGUCGCGACGGGCUGCGUUCGCUACAGAGCAAUGUGCAUGCAAGGAGCCUUAGAGCCCAGUGUCGGGGUGAAGGGUGCUACAAGGGACCGACUGAUAGCCUGGCAACACAUGCAAUAUGUUAGACCAAUAAUAUAGUACCGUAGUGCAGGUGAAACAAUACUGUAUAGUACCCAGUGCGUAAGUGAUUGUUAUAAUAGGUAAAAAGAUCUCAGUGUCCAAACUUCUUCGAACAAAUCCAGUGCUCGUUUCAUGUGAUUAAAUAUUAUAUUAUACUUAUCUAUAACAAUAUUAAAAAAGAAAUUUUUAAUCAUAUUUUUAUAUAGCUAGAUGGAAUUUUCAUAACGACCUUUUCUUUCGGCACUUUUCUUAUGCUUUUGUAAAUAUAUCUAUAGAUAAUUUUAAUUUAUUUAUUUUCGUCGCUGGUGGCCGCGUGGCGUGUCGUGCGACAGUCGCGCCGACUCGUCUCGCCUCGCAGCCACUUCAUAGUCUUUCCCUUUAGGAAAUUUCGUUCUAUAGGUUACAAAUUUUAUUGUAAUAUACAUAUAAUAAAUUAAUUAAUAUUAGGUAAUGAAUGGACCACGCGAAGUUGAAUGCUCUCAGAAUUAUAAUUCGGCUAGUGUGUAACGCGAAUCGAUUCUGUGAAACACGAGUUACCGGUUAGUAGGCAAAAUGUUUGAGCAGGCAUUUAAAAUGAUGCUCGGAAAGUUUUAAUAAUUUUAGUCGAAUUGAUGUUGUUGAAAAAUCAAAGUUUCUAAUUAAUUAAUGUACUUAAAAUUUUCAAUGUAAAUUAAUAACGGCACCUCGAGAAAAUUAUUGUUAAAGAAAUUAUUUUAAUCGAGCCUAGUCUUAGCAUCAUAAAAUUUAUUUAAAAUUAAUUCGGACGCAAGUUCGGUAUGUGUCGUUUGAAUUGGGGUAUGCGCGGCGACGGGCGUCGCGUCGCGUCGUGUCGCGUCGCGUCGCGUGCGAUUGAUCGCUGGCGCCACGCUCGUCGACGUGACGCGGAUCAUAAAGUUGUAAAUAAAGUGACAAAGCGCACACGGGCCCUGUACCGCGUACUAGGUCGUUAGAUAGGUGAAGUAUGAAAAUAUUUUGCAUGGAAGCAAUGAAGAAGGUUAGUGAUUUGGUAAUAGACGAGGGAGGGCGCCGCGGUCGCCAUAGACGGAACUUGAACGUGUUUGUCGUUAAAUAUACUAUUUCGAUGUAUUCUUGAUCGUUAAUUAAUCUAUGUCCAAUGUUUGAAUACAUAAUUAAAGAGGAAAAAGUUUUAUACAUUAGCGACGUAAUUUUACGUAUGUUCCAAAUUGAGUUGUGUCCACCCGACGGUAGAUGGCACUGUCAUUGUUACAGGAGUUGUGUCCGCCCGACGGUAGAUGGCACUGUCAUUGUUACAAAAUUAUUUAUAUUCUGAGAGUUUAGUAGGGUACAGUGAUCUUGCUUUUAGUUUUACGCAGUUAAAGUCCGAUAUGUUAAUUAUAAAUUUAGUUGUUAAUUUUACAAAAUACUGUAUUUUCUGCCCCCUAGUUAAGUUAUUUUUCUAUGUAUAGUUAGUUAUAAGUGUAAAUGAGUUAGCACAUAAAUGAUGCAUGAUGAUAAUGUUAAUAAAAUAUCCACAAUAAAAUACAA